AUGGUCGCUUCCAGACAUCCUUUAACCUCGUUGUCCGAGGAUGAGAUUACCCUCUCGGCAAAGAUUGUACGCGGCUCUCACGAUGCCGGCACAAAGCUCCUGUUCAAGGGUAUCACCUUGCACGAGCCGUCGAGAAAGGAGAUGCAGCAGUAUCGCAGCCAAGGGCAAGGCGGCAGCUACUCCCCUCCUCGCAAAGCGUGGGUGAACUAUUACCUGACCGGAACGACAUCCUUUUUUGAGGUCAUCAUCAACUUGGAGGCCGGCAAGAUCGAGAGCAGUGCCGAAGUCCCUGCACAUUUCCAUGGUCCGGCUGACGAAUCCGAGAUCAUCAUGGUCGAAAAAGUCGCCCUCGAAGAUCCGGGUGUCAAGGCCGAGAUUGAGAAACUUCAAGUCCCUGAAGGAACCGUGAUUGUCUGCGAUCCGUGGAUCUGGGGCGCCGAUGGUGUUGCCGAUGAUGCUCGACAAUAUCAGUGCUACAUGUAUAUGCGUGACCCAAACAACUCCAAGGAAGUCGACAGCAAUCACUAUGCCUUCCCCCUGAGUUUCUCACCUGUUGUCGAUGCUACCACCAUGCAAGUGACCAAAAUAGAUUACCUCCCAACCGGCGCAGGCCUUGAGACAAAGUCUACAGGACCCUGGCGACCGACUGCCGCCAAUGAGUACAUUCCGGAGCUCAACGAGCAGAGGACCGAUCUAAAGCCACUUAGAGUUGUUCAGCCCGAGGGUGCUUCUUUCACGCUCGAAGGAGACACCAUCAAGUGGCAAAAGUGGGAGAUGCGCACGAGCUUCAACUUCCGCGAGGGCAUGGUUCUCCACGAGGUAUCAUACGACGGCCGGCCGCUGUUCUACCGAGUGUCGCUGAGCGACAUGACGAUUCCGUACGCCGACCCCCGCGCCCCUUUUCACAAGAAGCAGGCCUUUGAUCUGGGCGAUGUCGGUGCCGGCAUCAUGGCCAAUGAUCUCAAGCUUGGCUGUGACUGUCUCGGCGCCAUUGCCUACAAGGACGGCCUCGUGGCUGACCACAAUGGCUGCCCCGUGGUGAAACCCAAUGCCAUGUGUAUUCACGAACAGGAUGCUGGCAUCUUGUGGAAGCACACAAACUACCGAAGCGGCCGUCCCGUUGUCGUGCGCCGCCGUGAGCUCGUCAUCCAAAGCAUCAUCACCGUGGCCAACUAUGAAUACAUCUUGGCCUACAUUUUUGAUCAAGCCGGCGAGAUGUCCUACGAGGUCCGCGCCUCGGGCAUUCUAUCGACCCAGCCCAUUGACGCCGGCGUCGACGUGCCCUACGGAACCGUGGUGCACGAAGGCGUAUUGGGAGCCUACCACCAGCACAUUCUGUCCCUCCGCGUCGAUCCCGAGCUCGACGGCGACAGGGGCAACAGCCUGGUCUACGAAGAGACCAGCGCCCUGCCGCGCCAUGCUGACAACAACCCCCACGGGAACGGCUACGUGUGCAAGCGUACUACUCUGGAGAAAUCGGGUGGUUACGACCUCGAGUCCAAGAAGAAUCGGGUCUUUAUGAUUGAGAACCCUAAUAAGCAGAACCCCGUCAAUGGAAAGAACGUCGCUUACAAGAUGCACAUUCCUCCCGUGCAGCCACUACUUGCCGAGGAAAACUCAUUCCACUACAAGAGAGCCGACUUUGCCGAUCACUCGGUCUAUGUCACCAAGUACCAAGAAGGCGAGCUAUUCGCGGGUGGACAGUACACGAACCAGAAUAAGCACACAUCUGGAGUGCGAAAAUGGGCGGCGCGCAAUGAUGAUAUCGCAAAUGAAGACAUUGUCGUUUGGGUCCAGUUUGGCCUUCAACACGUGCCGAGGAUUGAGGAUUUCCCAGUCAUGCCAGCCGAGAUUGUCAAGGUUUCUUUCAAGCCGGCCAACUUCUUUACGCGCAACCCUGCCAUUGAUGUCCCUCAAUCCACUCAGGAAUUCAACAAGUCCGUCCUUCUCAACGGCCACCAAAAUGGGACCAAGGAAGUGAAUGGCAAUGGAGAGUGCACCUCUUGUCAGUAA